AUGCUCAGGAUCCUCUUCCCGCUUGUCCUGGUGAUAUUGUCUUUGGAUGACUGCCUAUCAUCUGUUGGACCCGUAGCUGAUCUCGUUAUUUCAAAUGUGAACGUCAGCCCCGAUGGAUUCAGUCGUUCUGCCAUCUCGGUUGGGGGCAUGUUUCCUGGGCCGGUCAUUUCUGGCAAGAAGGGAGAUCGAUUCCGACUCAAUGUCCACGACCAGUUGACUGAUAACACGAUGGCUCGGACUACAAGUAUUCAUUGGCAUGGCAUCUUUCAACAAACAACGAACUGGGCCGAUGGAGCUGCUUUUGUUAGCCAAUGCCCGAUUGCGCCCAAUAACUCAUUCCUUUAUGAGUUCAAUGUUGAGCAAUCCGGUACUUACUGGUAUCACUCGCAUCUAUCAACCCAGUAUUGUGACGGGCUGCGUGGUGCCAUAGUCAUUUACGACCCUGACGAUCCUCACGGCGCAUUGUAUGAUGUCGACGACGAAUCUACUGUCAUUACAUUGGCCGACUGGUAUCAUCUCCCAUCCCCUGCUGCAACUCCGACUCUGACUAGACCGUUCCCUUACUCUAAUGCGACUCUGAUCAAUGGUAAAGGGAGGUACGAAGGUGGGCCCGCGGUGCCCCUUUCUGUCGUCAAUAUCGAGAGCGGCAAACGAUACCGUUUCCGCAUCGUUUCCAUGGCUUGCGAUCCUAACUUCACAUUUUCUAUUGAUAACCACCAAUUUACAGUCAUUGAAGCCGACGGGGAGGGUGUGGUUCCUCUGCUUGUGGACUCCUUAGUCAUCUCUCCAGGCCAGAGAUACAGUGUAGUCUUGAACGCGAAUCAACCCGUUGACAAUUACUGGAUUCGCGCCGAUCCAAGUAGGGGAAUUCCCGGUUUUGCAGGAGGGAUCAACUCUGCGGUCCUUCGAUACUCUGGUGCACCGGCAUCUGAGCCUCUUACCGUACAACUCCCAAGUAUCAUGCCUUUGCUUGAAACAGCCCUUGUACCUAGCACUAGCCCGGCAGCACCUGGAAUACCAGCACAGGGUCAGGCGGACGUUGUCAUAAAUAUCGCUCACGAUUUCGACUUCGACUCGUUCCAUUACAGAAUGAACGGCUAUCCCUGGAUUCCUCCCAAGGUCCCCGUACUUCUCCAAAUUUUGAGUGGCGCGAGAACUGCACAAGAGCUGUUACCCAAGGGUUCACUUUAUUCCCUGCCUAGAAACAAAGUCAUCGAACUGUCGUUGCCUGGAACUGGACCUGAACUUGGCGGUCCCCAUCCCUUCCAUCUUCACGGUCAUAGCUUCUCCGUUGUCAGAAGCGCUGGGAGCAAGAUAUAUAACUACGCCACUCCCGUUCGGAGAGACACUGUCAGCACUGGAGUCGAUGGUGAUAACGUUACCAUCCGGUUUGUGACCGAUAAUGCUGGUCCAUGGUUCUUGCAUUGCCACAUCGAUUGGCACUUGGAACUGGGACUUGCCGUGGUAUUUGCCGAAGACAUUCCUGACACACCAGCCUUAGACCCGGUUCCUGCCGCUUGGGAGCAACUUUGUCCCAUCUAUGAUCAACUCCCCUCCGACGAACAAUAG